UGAUGCACAAAUAUAUUAAAGCUUAUUGUAAAAAUGUAAGUGAAAAAACAAUUUGAGAAGACAAAGGCAUCCAUUAUGUGUACACACAAUAGCAAUAUUGAAAAAUACUAUAUCCUAACUGGGUUGACAUAUACCAGAGUGGAAAUACUUAAUACUAAUUUAAGGUUCUGGUCAUGAUAGUGUGGGAGUGGUUACUGCUCUUGCCUUAGAGCACAGAGAUCAUGUGUGGGUUUUCUCCUACAGACCCAAAAACAUAGAGAAUAAGGUAAAAAGCUCUCUCUAACUUGAGCAGAUUCAGGAUUAGGAUGGAGAGGAUGAAUGUAGGUAAGGUUUACACUGAAUGUUCUUCAUCAGUUUUGUGACAGUCAAGAAGACAGAUCAUACACAUCAGUGUAUUUUUCCCACAUUGGAAAAUAAAUAAAUAAAUGAUUUUAAUUUACUGCGCCCUCCCAUGCAUGCAUCUCACUGCCCCCUGAAUAGUGUCUGCCCCCCACUUUAAGAACCCAUGGUGUAAAAUGCGCUAUUUUACACCAUGGGUUCUCAAAGUGGGGGGCACACCCACUUAAUGGUUUUCUUCAUGUUAUUAAAAAUUGAACUGUGGACUUCUUCCUGGCAGUGAUGACGUAGGUAGUAUUGAUAAUUCAGUUUCCCUUCCUCGUCUGAUGUUAAAUACUGACUUAGUGCUUAGACUAGAUGCUCAUGUGACGACCUAUGGCAGCAGACACGUCAAACCGUUGACUCACAGCAUGGACUAAACACAUGUGUAGGUGUUCCGUUCCAUUACUCCGGGCCGGUUUCCCCUCGCCUACUCUUUAUGGGGAUUUUCUCGAAGGGCUGAAGAAGUUAAGGUGUUAUUUCAGGGCAGCUCUCAAGAUAGACAUGCGCACAGCUGAUGGAAGAGUGAGAGGCACAUCUGCACUGACGUCAACCCCACUCUCCCCCACUAUUUGCCCCCCUCCUCCCCCCAGCCGCAAAAAGCUGCCAAUUUGAAGCUGUCCGAGUCUAGGACAUACCCGGUCUGUGUAGUGUGGAGCAGCAGCAGCAGCAGCAGCAGCAGCUCCAGGCCAACUUUGGUGUUUGCAUGCACUUUCUGUCAGGCGGUUUGUGAGGUGGCAGAACAACCCCCUCUGCACCCUCAACUUUUUUGCGCCAACUUAAACCACCUACAGCAGCAGCAGCAGCAGCACAUCUGCCACCACCACCUCCACCACAGAGCAGCACAGAGCCCAGAUGAUAAAGACGACUGAUUAGGCUGAAAAUAGACCUUGGAGGAAAUCCAAGACUGUGAAAGGCUGUCUUUUCCCCCCUUCCCGUGACAGUGUCUCUGGUGUGAGACAAUGCUGCUGCUGCUCUGAGUGGGAGACUCACUGGCUGCACUGUGUUUGAGGAGAGGAUGGCACAGUUGAGGAGGAGAUGAGGAGAGGGGAGCUGAGGAGGUCUAUGUGCGGAACUUCACGGCCCUUUUGUCCCGAGCUCGAGCUCUCCCUGCACAGUCGGAGCGGAGCUGACAACAUGAAGAUGAGCAUGGUAACUUUAUCUCUCCCAUUACACUCCCCCUCCGCUCUGCGGCUCAGAGCAGGACGGUCUCUUUCCGGGCACUUUCUCUCUUCUUCUUCUUCUUCUGUUCCUUCUUCACCUUCUUCUUUCUUUACUUCUUCUCCUUCUUUUUCCUCUUCUUCUUGACUUUUUCCUCUUCGUUAGGGACAGAUUAGUUUGAACAUCAGUUUGAUAUCGUUUAGAAGGAAACCUUCAUGUCAGACAGGAACUUUUGCACACGCGUAGUUUGAAUGUUAAGUGUAGUUUUGGAGACGUUUACGCACCAUAUUGCGGUGCAGUAGUGUCACUCCUGCAGGACGUCCACGCUACUCAAACUUUUCCUGAUGAACUUUCUUUUAAACCCACUCACUUCCCUCAGUGAGUGCAGACUCACAGGCGGUUCCCGGGGCCGGGAGUUCUACGUUUUUGACGUACCGGUGCAGCGCUCACAGACUGGCAGCUGCAGUCUGGAUCUUAGUGGCCAAGUAGGUAGCGCCGUCUGACUGUCCGUGUGUGCCUGCAGCUCGGGAGAGUCAGUCAGCGGGUACAGGUUUAGCACACGCCGUCUGUCAUCGGUGUUUCCACUGGGCAUCAUCAUCAUCCCGGAGCCGCUGAAGAAUGCAGAUGGAUUGGUCAAGACAAGUUCCCAAUAUAGUGCUUCCUGUUUGGAGUUACACCUGAGAGUGACUGUGUCUGAUGGAUUAGCGUGUUUUCUAGGAGAUGCUGACGUGAAUUCAGAGGCCAGGGAGAUGUGGCAGCGCUCGCCUUCAGGAGAAAUCUGAGACUCGGAUGAGUCUUGGGGCAGGAGGACAUUUGAGUGAAGAGACAAACCAUAGACUUGUUAUGGUGUGGCAUCAGACUGGCCGUGCGCUUUUAACCUGACUGUUGCACCCUCUGCUCCCACCCCAUGUCACAUCUUCUCCUGAAUUAUGGAAAUUUUGUGGAAGACACUGACUUGGACUCUGAGCCUGGUGGUGAUGGCUGCUGCUGAAUUUCAGAGUGUCAACAGACUUUCACACAACUCUCAAGAGGAGUUCCUGUCCUACGUGCAGCACUACCAGCUGACUGUCCCAGUGCGGGUGGAUGAGAAUGGAGAGUUCCUUAGCUACACUGUGAAGCACCACCGGCCCGGCAGACGGAGACGGGGGGCCAUGGACCCUCUGAUGGGACCAGCGCCUCAGUUAGACUCAGACCCUCCAGAAUCCCAGCUCUUCUACAAACUAUCAGCCUACGGAAAGCACUUUCAUUUAAACCUGACGCUCAACCCCCACCUAGUGUCCAAACAUUUUACCGUGGAGUAUUGGGGCAAAGAGGGGCUGGAGUGGCGUCACAACACGGUAGACAACUGUCACUACGUGGGAUUUCUACAAAACCAGCACAGCACCACCAGAGUGGCCCUCAGCAACUGCAGGGGCCUGCACGGUGUUAUAACAACAGAGGAAGAGCAGUAUUUAAUAGAGCCGUUAAAGAACAUAUCCUCCACCACCUCCAGUCAAUGGAACCUGGAAGAAGCACAACAACAUGUUAUUUAUAAAAUGUCUGCCAUUCCCUCAACACAAGAGCAUAACCAGGAGUUCAGCUGUGGCAUUUCAGACCUCAGCAAGAGCGGUGCACCUUGCCAGUUUAACACACCCUCCCCCGGCCACUUGGCCCACCUUCCUCCAAACAGCAGCAGGCAUUCGAGCAGCACUCACAGACAAAAGCGCUCUGUCAGCACCGAGCGCUUUGUGGAGACACUCGUGGUCGCUGAUAAAAUGAUGGUCGGUUACCAUGGACGCAAAGACAUCGAGCACUACAUCUUGUCAGUAAUGAAUAUUGUUGCCAAACUUUACCAUGAUGCCAGUCUAGGAAAUGUUGUGAACAUUAUUGUGACACGGCUGAUUGUUCUCACUGAAGACCAGCCUAAUCUGGAGAUUAACCAUCAUGCUGACAAGUCUCUGGACAGCUUCUGUAAGUGGCAGAAGUCCAUCUUAUCUCAUCAUAACGAUGGCAACAGCAUUCCUGAGAAUGGGAUGGCGCAUCAUGACAACGCCGUCCUCAUCACCCGGUAUGACAUCUGCACCUACAAGAACAAACCCUGUGGUACCCUGGGCUUGGCCUCCGUGGCUGGAAUGUGUGAGCCAGAGAGGAGCUGCAGCAUCAAUGAAGACAUCGGCCUCAGUUCUGCUUUCACCAUUGCACACGAGAUUGGCCACAAUUUUGGGAUGAACCAUGAUGGGAUUGGGAACGCCUGUGGUACCAAAGGUCACGAGACAGCAAAACUGAUGGCUGCCCACAUCACGGCGAACACCAACCCUUUCUCCUGGUCAGCCUGCAGCAAGGACUACAUCACCAGUUUCCUUGACUCAGGUCGAGGGACGUGCCUGGACAACGAACCUCUGAAACGAGACUUCUUGUAUCCAACAGUGGCCCCGGGGCAGGUGUAUGACGCAGAUGAGCAGUGUCGCUUCCAGUAUGGAGCCUCGUCGCGCCAGUGCAAGUAUGGGGAAGUGUGUAGAGAGCUCUGGUGCCUUAGCAAAAGCAACCGCUGUGUGACAAACAGUAUCCCAGCUGCAGAGGGGACGCUGUGCCAGACUGGCAGUAUUGAGAAGGGGUGGUGCUACCAGGGGGAGUGUGUUGUGUUCGGUACCUGGCCUCAGAGUGCGGAUGGAGGCUGGGGGCCCUGGUCGAUGUGGGGGGAGUGCAGCAGAACCUGUGGGGGCGGUGUGUCCUCCUCCACGAGGCACUGUGACAGCCCAGCACCCUCUGGUGGAGGAAAGUACUGCCUUGGAGAGAGGAAACGCUACAGGUCCUGUAACAUCGAUGCCUGUCCUGCUGGGUCACGUGACUUCCGCGAGAAGCAGUGCGCUGAUUUUGACAACAUGCCUUUUCGGGGGAAAUACUACAACUGGAAACCUUACACUGGUGGCGGUGUGAAGCCUUGUGCCCUGAACUGCCUGGCCGAAGGCUACAACUUCUACACGGAGCGCUCUCCUGCGGUCAUUGACGGCACCCGGUGUCUGGCUGACUCUCUGAACAUCUGCAUUAAUGGAGAGUGUAAGCAUGUGGGCUGCGACAACAUCCUGGGAUCUGACGCUAAAGAAGAUCGCUGCCGUGUGUGUGGAGGAGACGGCAGCACCUGUGAGGCCACUGAAGGGCUCUUCAACGAGUCCUUACCCAGAGGAGGAUACAUGGAUGUCGUUCAGAUCCCAAAAGGAUCAGUUCAUAUCGAGAUUAAAGAGGUUGCCAUGUCCAAGAACUACAUAGCUCUGAAAUCCGAAGAAGACGAUUAUUACAUCAACGGUGCGUGGACCAUCGACUGGCCCAGGAAGUUUGACAUCGCAGGGACAGUGUUCCACUACAAGAGACCCUCGGAUGAGCCAGAGUCUUUGGAGGCGUUGGGAGCUACCACUGAAAACCUCUUUGUCAUGGUCCUUCUUCAGGAACAGAACAUGGGAAUACGCUACAAAUUCAACGUGCCCAUCCAGCGCACAGGUAGCGGUGACAACGAGGUGGGCUUCUCCUGGCACCACCUGCCCUGGUCCGAGUGCUCAGCGACCUGCGCUGGAGGUUCCCAGGAGCAGGGAGUGGUGUGUAAGAGGUUGGAUGACAACUCUGUGGUGCAGAACAGCUACUGUGACCCAGACAGCAAACCUCCAGAGAACCAGAGGGACUGCAACACCGAGCCCUGUCCCCCAGAGUGGUUUAUCGGUGACUGGUCAGAAUGCGGGAAGACGUGUGACGGUGGGAUAAGGACGAGGACGGUCCUGUGUAUCAGGAAGAUUGGCCGCGCUGAGGAGGAGACACUCGAGGACACCCACUGUCUCACUCAUCGCCCGCUCGAACGAGAGUCGUGUAACAAUCAGUCAUGCCCGCCAAAGUGGGUGACUCUGGAUUGGUCGGAGUGCACACCUAAGUGUGGCCCUGGCUACAAGCACCGCAUAGCCUUGUGUAAGAGCAGCGACCUGAGCAAGACCUUCCCGCCGGCCCACUGCCCCAGCCACAACAAACCUCCAGUCAGAAUCCGCUGUAGUUUAGGACGCUGUCCUCCUCCUCGCUGGAUCCCUGGUGAAUGGGGACAGUGUUCGGCCCAGUGCGGCCUCGGCCAGCAGAUGAGGACAGUGCAGUGUCUGUCGUACACUGGACAGCCCUCUCACGAGUGUCCAGAGUCCCUCAGACCCAGCACCAUGCAGCAGUGUGAGAGCAAGUGUGAUGCCACGCCCAUUGCUAAUGGAGACGAAUGUAAAGAUGUAAACAAAGUGGCCUACUGCCCGCUGGUGCUCAAGUUCAAGUUCUGCAGCCGAGGGUACUUCAGACAGAUGUGCUGCAAGACCUGCCAGGGACACUGACGCUGACCAAGACAACAGCAGGACACUGCAGUGGCGUUUAUACGGCCACGACACGACUACGGACCACGGAGCUGUAGCGCCGACUCGGCCUUGACUUUAGACAAACACAGAGUUGUGGAGCGGAGAACUCUCCAGAAACUGGUCCCAGACUGGAGAACUUUGAAAACUCUGGCUCUUGCAUCUUUGUGUGAACAGAGCAGGGUGAGGCGAUACGGUCAGCUCUCUGUAACCUAUCAACACAGUAACCCUGUCCAACGCCACAAAAUAACAACAAUGGUGGAGGCCAUGCUACUUCUGAACAUGCUGGAGAAGCUAAUCUGGCGCUAAUCUGGUGAGCUCCAGUUAGCCGUCUACGUCUUUUCAUGCUUCUCUUUUCAGUCUGCAGUUUCGUACCCGUGCUCUGUUGUUUUUCUUCCACGUUUCUGAACUUCUGCUACAAAUUCCUCCGGUGUUACUAUGUUAGAGUAUGGGUGACACAGCGCUACAU